GAGGAAUGCGCCGCUAACGAGAAAACGGACCAUCACCGAGCCGAGCAUGCAAGAACGGACAGCAAAACCGGGAGAAGAAAAAUAGAGAAAUGAUCUAAACCGCGAAAAAAAGGAGCCGAACGGGGAGACGGAGAACGACGGAAAGUCGUCACAUAGUUGUUGGAAGGAUUACAAUUACCCUACACUGCUGAAUAAAAUCCAACCAGGAUUUUUGAUGCUGCCCUCACGGAGAAUUGAGCUAACGGACUUACUGGUCUUCUGAACCAUGCGGAGGCUUCUGCUCCUGAGUUUGGCGUUGAGUUUUCACCGUGUGUGGACAGCGCGUUUCUCCCAGGAACCAGCGGACCAGUCGGUGGUACGGGGCCAGAGGGUGAUUCUGUCCUGUGUUGUCUUUAACUACUCAGGCAUUGUGCAGUGGACCAAGGAUGGACUGGCCCUGGGCAUAGGGGAGGACCUCAGGGCCUGGCCUAGGUAUCGUGUUUUGCGGGUGCAGGAGCUGGGCCAAUAUAACCUGGAGAUCCUCUCAGCGGAGCUGUCUGAUGACUCCCUCUACGAGUGUCAAGCUCCUGAUGCUGCUCUACGCUCUAGAAGAGCCAAACUCACAGUCCUCAUCCCUCCAGAUGAGCCAGUGAUUGACGGGGCUCCUGAGGUGCUGCUGAAUGCAGGGGACCACUACAACCUGAGCUGUGUUUCCCGCGGGGCCAAGCCGCCGGCCAUUAUAGCAUGGCUGAAAGACGGGCUGCCUGUAGACGGAGCAGUCAGCACUACCGAGUCCCUCCCAGACAGGAAGAGGGCGACCACCUACAGCUUACUGCCUAUCCACCCAGUGGAUACAGACACAGGGAGGAACUACAGCUGUGUGGCCAGCAACCCUGCCAUCCCUUCAGGGAAACGCACCACAGUCACCCUCAAUGUACAUCACCCCCCCACGGUGACCCUGUCCAUCGAGCCUCGCUCCGUCCUUGAGGGGGACAGAGUCACCUUCACCUGCGCCGCCUCCGCCAACCCUCCCAUCAUGGGAUACAUGUGGGCCAAGGGUGGCGUGGUCCUGCAGGGCGCCAGGGAGAGCGUGUUCACCACCAAGGCGGACCACUCGUUCUUCACGGAGCCGGUGUCCUGCUCGGUGUUCAACGCCGUGGGCAAAACCAACGUCAGCAUCCUGGUGGACGUGCACUUUGGUCCUAUCCUGGUGGUGGAGCCCCGGCCAGUUACCGUGGACAUAGACUCUGAUGUCACUCUGAACUGCAAAUGGGCCGGAAAUCCUCCUCUCACCCUCACCUGGACCAAGAAGGGCUCCAAUAUGGUGCUCAGUAAUAACAAUCAGCUGUUCCUGAAAUCAGUCAGCCAGGCAGACGCUGGCCAGUACGUGUGUAAGGCUAUCGUGCCCCGGAUCGGAGUGGGAGAGACAGAGGUCACUCUCACUGUCAAUGGCCCCCCCAUCAUCUCCAGCGAGCCUGUCCAGUAUGCAGUAAGGGGGGAGAGGGGAGAGGUGAAGUGCUACAUAGCUAGCACACCUCCCCCAGACAAGAUUGUGUGGGCUUGGAAGGAGAACGUGUGGGAGAAGGAGAAGGGGACUCUGCUGGAGAGAUACACAGUGGAGCAGAGUAAACCGCUGUCUGAAGGAGGGGCCGUGCUCUCCACGCUCACCAUCAACAGCGUCAUAGAGUCGGACUUCCUGUCCACCUACAACUGUACCGCCUGGAACGCCUUCGGGCCCGGGACCAUGAUCAUCACUCUGGAAGAGACUGACAAUGUUCCAGUGGGUUUAAUAGCAGGUGGGACAGUGGGCUGCACUGUCCUGCUGUUCCUGUGUUUACUGGUCCUGGUGCUCAUCUUCUACCGACAGCGCAAAGGCAGUCGUCGCGGGGUCACACUGGGGAAGCCAGACAUCAAGGUAGAGACGAUAAACAAGGAGACGCACAGCCUGGAGGAAGACGCCGGCAGCGUUUCCACGGCAUCACGCAUGGUCAAAGCCAUGUACUCGUUUCUGCCCUCUUCUGUGUCCUUCUCUCCCUCUUCUCAGCCUUUUAAAGACGAUAUAGAACUGAAACAGGACUUACGAAGCGACACCCUAGACACGCGUCAGGAGUACGACCUUAAGGAUCCCACCAACGGCUACUACAAUGUGCGAGCCUCCACCCACGACGAUGGCCGCCCUGCCUCGCGCUCCAUGCACUACACUGACUACCGGACCUCCAAUACACCAGGGGGCGCUGCCUCCAUCAGCAGCAGUGCUGGAGGAUCAGGGGCCACAGCCAGCGGGGGAGGCCCCCCCGGCCCAGGGCCCCUCUCUACGCCUGGUCGCCCCAGCUGCUACGACCCCCGACCCCCCUCCAGACUCUCCCACAACAGCUACGCCCAGUUCAACACCUUCACCCGGGCUGGGCAGAGCCAGCAGCCCCCUCCCAACCCGGCCUCGCCACCCAGCGACUUCCCUGGGGACUGCAGCCUGUUGGAGUCCCCUCAGCUGGCCUACGACAACUACGGCUAUCCCUCUCACCAAUACACCCCGUACCGCAUGGGCUUCGCGCCGCCCAGUCUGGCUCCGCUGGAGGCCGGGCCGUCCUAUGAGAUGUACGGGGUGGGGCCGGGGGCGGGGCCGGGGGCGGGGCCGGGCGUGGGGCCGGGGGCGGCACCGUCGGGGUCAGAGACUGGACUGGGGAAGUACGGAAGCUCCACGCGCUUCUCCUACACCUCGCAGCAUUCUGACUACGGCCACAGAGGACACACACAGAGGAUGCAGACCCACGUGUGAGACGUAGGGAUGGUCCCCCCCCCCUCCCCCGAGUGACACGCGCCACAUGCUCACGGAGAUGGGGAGGGUGCGGUCUCAUACACACUGUCACUUAGACGCACACAGAGGACACGCGCAUUCACGUUCUCACUCUCAUACACACGGGUGAGCGCACCAAGGCCAACACCAGUAGACACACGCGUACACACACAUGCACGUUGGAAUUUGCCCACGAGAUGGGGAGAGUAUCAGAAGGAGAGUCCAGAUCUGCGGAAAGAAAGUGUCAAUCUUUAAUCCCUAAACUCCCGGUGUUAAAUUCUUGGCUCUGAAAGAGCAGAAAGCGAAAGUCACAAUCAAGACCAGAGAAGACAGGACUAGAUCUUUAGAUCUUAAUCAUUAAAAUAACGAGCAUAAGUGCUAUGAAUUUAGAUUGUAAUGAAUGACAAGAGAGGGGGCGUUCUUGGAAAUGUAUUCCAUAUUCGAUUGCCAAAUAUUAAAGGCAUAUCAUGGAGAAGUUGACCGUUAAAUAUGGUACUCUGUCGUUGGGCAGGAGAAACCUCAACCAGUGGAGGGUCAUGACUGGCCACCGUUUUGUUUUUGCUGGUUGUUGUUUUAUACAGUGAUCUUAGAGCACAUACAAUAUAUAUCCCAGAAUGCUUCACUUCAUUGGCGCCAUUGGUGCUGGUUAGUGGGGUCAUUGUACAUUUUGCACUGCAUUACAAACAGUAUUCAUUGCUUAGACAUCCCUCAUCUACGUAUAUAUGUAUUAUAUAUGUCUGUUUUUAUUUGCACACCAACAACCUAGAGCUUUGUAUUCUAUUUUUUAACAUUUUACAGAAUUAUUUUGUCAUAUUUCUGUGAAGGAAGUGUCAGUGGACCAAAAUGUUCAAACUUGAGAUUGUUUAGUCUCUGUUUGAGUGAUAUUCACCUCGACAAAGAUAAACAUGAAGAAGUAUUUGUGGACCUGUUUUUGUCAGCUAUGAUGACUGACAGAAUUCACGAAUGGGUAGAGGGGGCGGUAUAUACAGGAACCAUUUAUCAAGUGUCCAUGCUUGCUCUUUAUUUCAUGUCAAUCUGGGGUUACAAUCAUCUCUUAACAUUGGAUACCAUGUAGGAGGCCCAUCUAUGCCAUGUGUUGUGUUGCUAACAAAUGGACAUAUGGAAGGAUUAGCCAGGUAGCCUGGGAUUCAAGUUGAAUUCGCUAUGUUUCCCAACAUAUUGCAUAAGGCUAAUCAUAGAGAAUACAGCUUGGAGUCUGGCGGCCCUUGCCGGCCCAGAGACACAGUAUGUGACAUGGUAGCCCAGUCCCAGGUCUGUUUGUGCCGUCCUGCCCACUCCUACAUUCAUGGUCACACGAAAAAAAUGAAGAAAAAAAACAAGGAAAUAGACUUGGGAUCAUGCUGAGGUGAUGUGUAUGGGGGUUUAGAACAGUGUGGCCUUAGGGAACAUGUCAUUACGCUCUCAUCAUUCAAUCCUCACACCUGUAUGGUGGGGUUCAAUAAAGGUUUGUCUAUAGUGGAGUUUGAUUGUGUGAAUGUAUGUGGGAGAAAGAGUGAGGGAGUGUGUGUGCACAUCUAUUUGUACAGCGUGUUUGUAUAGAUGUGUGUGUCUGUGUGUGUGUGUGUGUGUGUGUGUGUGUGUGUGUGUGUGUGUGUGUGUGUGUGUGAAUGUGUGUGUGUAUAUAAUGCAUACACGUACAGUGGUCCUCUCCCGUGUGUGAGCGUGACUGCUGUAUGCAUGUCUGUGUGUGUGUGUGUGUGUGUGGGUGUGUGUGCGCAUGUCUGUAUGUGUUUAUGUGUGCGGGUGUGUUUCAGUAAUAUGUCCAUAUCGUUUCUCUUCACAAUCCUGUUACAAUACUUUUAUACCUCUGGUAGGACUGUAUCCUGUAUUACUGUGUCUUUAAAUUUAGAAAUACAAUGUUUAUCUUAUUGUACUGUUCUACUAGCAGAGAAAAACUGUUCAAAAGAUGUACAACAAAAAGUUAUCACAUUUUCAUUUUUUUAUUUCAUUAUCUCCAAUAUUUUUUAAAAAUGGUAUGUAAUUAUUU